AUGAAAAUAAUUCAGAUAUUGGUUUUGGUAUCAUAUGUAUUAGGUGCAACUUUCUCAAGUACAAGCCUAGGUGAUGCAUUACAUGAAAAUGGAUCUGUCUAUGGAUGGAGAGAGGAAGAAUAAAGAUAAUUCAAGAAUUGGGUUUAGGAAAAUCAAAAAGAAUACAACAAUGAGUUCGAAAUGAUCUACAGAAUGGAAGUCUUUGUUAAGAACUAUAGAGCCAUGAAGCAUCAUAAUGAACAAUUACCAAAAGAUGUUUGGGGAUUGAAUGUCUUUUCUGAUGAGACAUCUGAGGAGUUGAUGGAUAAGAUAUUUAUGAAGAGAGACUUUGAUUAACAUUACGAGACUUUCAAUGAAGAUGAUAUCAAUGCAAUCAAAAGUGAUGCACUAUCCCAUAAUUCGUUUUUAUAAGCUGAUAAAACGGUAGUGGUAGUUAAAAAAGUGGUAAAGACAACAGCGGCACCUGCUCCCAAGAAUCCACCAAGUUUAGAUUGGCUAAAAUAGAUUACAGAUGUAUAACAACAGGGAAGAUGUGGUAGUUGUUGGGCAUUUGCAGUCUAAGAUGUUGUAAUCAGUAGAUUGGCUAUUGCAAAUAAAAACAAGCUUGAUUAAUUGUCAAAGACUCAUUUGAUUGACUGUGCUGAUGGAAAUACUGCAGGAUGCGAUGGAGGUUCAGUUAGCGAUGCAUUUGAUUUCAUCAACAAUUAUGGAACUGUUUAUGAGAAAGAUUAUAGAGAAUAUGAUUAGAAGGAGGGAGAAUGUUCAAAACCAAAAGGAUCAAUUGGAUACAAGCAAUUCAAAUCUGUCUAAGGAUUAACCAAAUUCACUAAUGCUGAUAUUGAAACCGCUAUGUAAACUGGUCCAGUCACAGCCCUCAUGUAUGCAGACGAAUCCUGGCUCAGAUACACUUCUGGAAUUAUCAAUACAUGCGGAUAUCCAAAAGUUUCUAAUUAUUAACAUGUUGUUUCAUUCGUUGCAUAUGAUACUUAAACCUGGUUUGCAAAAAAUUCUUGGGGAGCCAAAUGGGGAAUGAACGGUUACUUUUAAGUAGCAAAAAAUGGAGAAGCUAAUUGCCUAGACAAAAUAAAAAAGAUCACAUAUCCAGUUAUAUGA